CAGGCUGCCAGAUAGAAACGCCAAUAGACAGACAGCUCGGCGCCCCACCCAAAAAGUCAAAAGCACCACCAGCCAGGCAGGCGCAGCGACCUCCAUCUUCCUCGAACGCGCCGGCGCCUCGUCUCGCCGCGCCCAGUCGCCGGUGGCCGAUCGACGCGACGCGCCUUCGGAUCCGGGAAGGGAGGGAGCGAGAGCGAUGGGGGAGAAGCGCGCGGUGCUGGUGGGGAUCAACUACCCGGGCACCAAGGCGGAGCUCAAGGGCUGCCACAACGACGUCGCCCGCAUGCGCCGCUGCCUCGUCGAGCGCUUCGGCUUCGACGAGUCCGGCAUCCGCGUCCUCGUCGACGACGGCGGCUCCGGGCCGCAGCCCACGGGGGCCAACAUCCGGCGGGAGCUCCAGCGCCUCGUCGGGGACGCGGGGACCGGGGACCUGCUCUUCUUCCACUACAGCGGGCACGGCACGCGGCUGCCCGCCGAGACCGGCCAGGACGAUGACACCGGGUACGACGAGUGCAUCGUGCCCUGCGACAUGAACCUUAUCACAGACCAAGAUUUCACGGAGCUUGUGCGAAAAGUCCCCGAGGGAUGUCUAUUCACCAUAGUAUCUGAUUCGUGCCACAGCGGUGGACUACUUGACAAAACCAAGGAGCAGAUUGGGCACAGCACCAAGCAGAACCAGGCCGAGCGGUCUGAUUCCGGUUCCGGUAGCAGCGGCUUCCGUUCAUUCCUCAAAGGGGCUGUCCGGGACGCGUUCGAGUCCCAGGGAAUCCACUUGCCCCGCCGCCGUGGCCACCGGCAGAGCGAUGACGGGGACGAUGGUGACGAGGAGCCCCGCUACAUCGACACAGCAGAUGCCCAUGUCAAGAACCGGUCGCUACCUCUCUCGACAUUGAUCGAGAUGCUCAAGGAGAAGACCGGCAAGGACGACAUCGAUGUGGGCUCGCUCCGGCUGACGCUCUUCGACCUCUUCGGAGACGACGCGAGCCCCAAGAUCAAGAAGUUCAUGAAGGUCAUGCUGAGCAAGCUCCAGCAGGGCCAGCACGGCGGCGUCGUGGGCUUCAUGGGCGCCCUGGCGCAGGAACUCCUGAAGGCGAAGCUGGACGGGAAGCAGGAGCAGCUCGAGGCGGCGGCCAUGGAGCAGGAGGUGCAGAGCGAGCAGGAGGUGUACGCGGGGACGACGGCCAGGGUGCCGAGCAACGGCAUCCUGAUCAGCGGGUGCCAGACCGACCAGACCUCCGCCGACGCGACCACGUCCAAGGGCUCCUACGGCGCGCUCAGCAACGCCAUCCAGGCCAUCCUCGCGGAGCACGGGACGGUGACGAACAUGGAGCUCGUGACGAAAGCUAGCAAGAUGCUGUCGAGGCAGGGGUACACCCAGCAGCCUGGCCUUUACUGCAGCGACGAGCACGCCAGUGUGGCUUUCAUAUGCUGAAGCAUCGGUUUGUGUCGUGUCGACUUCAACCUUUGUACACUGUUAUGCCUGUCGACUAUCGAGUGUUGUGGGUUGGUGGUUACGCUUUUGAGAUCUGGGAAUAAAAGUGUUUCUGCACAAGAUAGCAUUUUCCGUGGUUUAUAUUUAAGCACAUUAUCGGCAAAUUUGGUUCAA